UCAGUAUGUUCGAUAUGCAUUUCGCGUUAUCGGUUGCAGGUUGAUGCAGUCACAUUAAAGUAUUGGCAAAACAAUGCGACCUCUCGGUGACUAGUCGCCAUUGCGAAACGCUAUACAGGUAUCGAAUAUUAUUGCAAUUCAAUUUAUCUCUACCCAACUCAUUCAGUUGCACCUGAUCCACUGUCAAACGUAUAACUGCAAUUAGCAUCAGCAGCAGAGUUGCAGCUUGUAGGUUGCUAGUUCGGUGUGGCAGCAGCAUGAUUCUAUCGGCGUUUUUUGUGAUAUUGCUACAUACUCUUUGCAUUCGUUCCCAGCAGGAGUUCCAAGAUGCAAAACUUAUUUUCGCUCAUGUGCUGUACCGUCACGGAGAUAGGACACCGAUCGAUCCCUACCCCAAAGAUCCCUGGAAGGAUCCAAGCCACUGGACCACCGGCUGGGGACAGCUGACAAAUGCCGGCAAGCACCGCCACCUGGAACUGGGACGUUGGUUGCGGAACCGCUACCAUAAUCUUCUAGGUGGUACCUACACCAACAAUGAAAUCUACGUCCGUUCGACGGACGUCGAUCGGACUCUGAUGAGCGCCGAAUCUAACCUGGCCGGUUUGUACCCACCGAACGGUUCCGAUGUAUGGGAUUCUGCCAUCCAGUGGCAACCGAUCCCUGUUCACACUAGUCCGGAGAUACUGGAUGAGGUGUUGGCUGCUAAGAAACCCUGUCCAGCCUACGAUAACGCACUCCGCAAGUACAAAGAUUCCGAUGAAUUUCAGCAGUAUAACAAAUCGCUUGAACCCGUCUACCAAUAUGUCAGUACUCACUCAGGAAAAAAGGUUAACACACCAACUGCGGCACAGAACCUUUACAGUUGUUUACACAUCGAAGCACUGAAUAACUUCACACUGCCAGACUGGACCAAGCAGGUCUACCCCCAACCACUGAGUUCCAUAUCCGCCAGGUCAUUCGCCACAAAAACCUACACGCCCCAGCUAGCUCGUCUCAAAACCGGACCUCUAGUUAAAGAAAUUCUUCAGCGAUUCCAGGACAAAGCAAAUAAGAAAUUAAAACCUGACCGAAAAUUAUGGAUCUAUAGCGCUCACGACAUCACCGUAGCUAAUCUACUCAAUACACUUCGAUUAUUCGAACUGCACAAUCCACCGUUUGCAUCAUGUGUCCUCCUGGAACUUCGCCAAAGCGCCCAUUACGACGAGCCAUACAUUUCAAUCUACUACAAAAACACAACAGACGAACCAGAACCAAUGAACAUUCCCAGCUGUGGUCCACGUUGUCCGCUAAGCCAAAUGUUCAAGAUUUAUCAGGACAUCUUGCCAGAUAAUUGGCCACGCGAAUGUCAGGUUCCAUUCCUAUCGCUGACCUACGUAGAGGCGGACAUGCGUUCUUCAACUGGCCUGAUCGGUAUAAUAUUCCUAACGACGAUGGCCAUUCUGCUGUUGCUGCUGGUACUGAUGGCAUACCGGAGACGCCGCAGCGGUUAUCACAACGACCAGUGGUACCUGCGUAUUGACGGAUAAUGGCGGUGGAACGGCGGUAGUGGAACUGACCGCAGCCGACGGUUACUGCUGGAGACAAGUGGGGUAGAUGACCUGGAAGUGUACGAACAGGUUGACGUUUGAUCACUGCGCAGAUGAUGAUGCAUUUGUACGACCCAGGACUAGACUAGUGACUGUUUGUUACUUUUAAUGUGUGUAGGACUAUAUAUAUUUAACUUUAUGACUAUUGAACUGAUUAAUAGAUAAAUGUUGCCAUUGGGACUCUAUUAAAACGUUACUUGCUGUGAGAUUAAACAUUAUGGAAUUUGGAAUAAAGUGAUAUAUGACUAUUUUAAAA